UGGAAUCUAACCCGAACAUAAAAUAUUUCAGUUUAAACAAACGGAGGAUUAGUAAUAAUGCAAAUAUUCACCAACCAUUUCGAAUCGGCAGAAAAUAAUACGUAGUAAGGUAGGUCAUUUAAGUAACGAAACUUAUUGUAUAUCUACUAUUUAAAUAUUUUUAUCAAUAUUUUACGACUCCAAUUGAUUAACAGAUAUAUCUGACAAUGAAAACUAUUGGAAAUGAAAGCAUAAUUUUUUUAUAUAGUUUGGUAGAUACUUCGUAAAUUUUAUAAAGCUUUCAAGUAGCCAGUUGUAAACAUCGACAAAAUUCUAAGAUAAUUCACAGCAAUAAUCUGAUAAGAAAUACUAAAGGGAUUUCUAGCAUGCAGCUCUCACCAUUUGCUCAGUUUCCUUAAUAUACGGGGGCUAUAAAUUGUUUACUAAAAGCAAGUCAAGCAUACGUCUAGCCUUGAUAUUCAUAUUUAUAAAAUUUUUGAAUACGAAUACGUAUUCGAUUAAAAUUGUAUUGUAUAAAGGUACAAGGUGUGCAUUAUUGAAUUGUGCUGUACCUACUAAGGAACAAUGUUGCGAUAUAGUUUUAUAGUGUUUACGUUAAUCGUAAGUUAUCUAAAAAAAUAAAAAGUUAUAGGUAUCUAUUUUUAUAACAUAAAAUUUUCCAUAAUACUUUUUUGUAAUAUUUUUUUUUUAUUACUGUGUUUAUCACCUUGUUUCAAAAUGGACCUAUUUUUAAAAUACCUAAUGUCUUUAUUACAGGGUUUGUACCAAAACACGAGAGCAAAACAAUGCACAUCUCCGGGGAAGUAUUCACAUGACGAAACGGGCAAUUGCCGCGGAUACGCUCUUUGUCUCAUGGCAGGACUCAACAGCUUCACUCAAUACAACAUUAUUUGCCCCCAAGGAUUUAUUUACAACCACAUUCAUCAGCAGUGCACAAACGAAACAAGUUACCAAUGUGUACACAACUAUAACUGUUCUAAAUCAGGACUAUUCCCAAGUUCUACCAACGAAAACUGUACGUCGUACAUAGCUUGCGUCGAAGGCUUAGACGACACUAUUACCGCGAGGUCUAUAGACUGUCCUUCCGGCUACAUUUUUGAUUCUAUAGUGAGUUUUUGUGUCAAAUUAAAUGAAACUUCAUAUAAAUGUCCGAUAACACAAUCAUUAGAACCAGGUGAUGACAUCUCAGUGCAUUUGUUGGAGUCUACGAAUAAUAGUGGCGAAUUUCUAAUGCCUCGUUUAGUUUUAAUAUCAUUAUGUCUUACAUGGUUUAUAUCAAGAUUUUUUGUAAGUAGUAAUUUAGUUUUAGAUGUUCCAUAUUUUGAAUAAACUAUUUAUUUUUUUACCUUUACUGUCUAUAUCCUUUGAUAUGAUAAUCAAAGCCUUUUUUAUG